AUGAAUUUUACUAGUAAAUACUCGCGCUACAGACACGGGGACAGUGGUAAUCUGCUAGACAGCCUUUUAAAUCGUAUGGAGAAAUACACCAAAGCAAUGGAGGAUCAAGUUAAGCAGCGCACCAAUCAGUAUACGGAUGAGAAGCAUCGAGUUGAACGUCUCCUAGAGACAAUGCUGCCGAAGUAA